UCAUUCCUUUCACUACUAGUUUCUCUAAAGGCUGUCAUUCUGCUCUAUGGGCAGGCCCGGUAUGUUCCUCAACCUGGAUUCCCAUGUUGCGUUCUGUGAUGCUUGGCCGACUGUUAACUCGAAUGUUGCCGCUAUUGGCUGCUGAUGUUAUACAGAAAAAGGAUUCUGAAUUCUUCGGCUGGCAUCGUGAGACCCAUCCUUAUUAUAGCCUUAAAGUAAAAAUCCUCAGAGCCAGAAACAUCCAUGGCUUAGAUUUACUGUCUAAAGCAGAUUGUUAUGUGGCACUGAAACUUCCUACAGCAUCCCCAUUGGUAAAAAGGACAGAAGUUAUCUAUAAUUCCAGUAAUCCAGAGUGGAACGAAACUUUUGAAUACCGUGUUCACAGUGCUGUGAAGAAUAUUUUGGAACUAACUUUCUACAACAGAGAUCUUGUGCUGAGCAGCUUAAGCAAUCAUGCCACUUCAAUUGCUUUUGAUACAGGAAAUAUUGCCCCAGGAGAGGUUUUGAAGCAUACAUUUGUUCUAAAUUCUCAGGUGGAAAGAGCAGAAUUGGAUGUUGAAUUUUCCUUAGAAGAAAGUCCACACACACCUUCUGAGGUUGUUACCAAUGGCGUUCUUGUGGCACCUUCCUGUCUGAGUAUUGAAGGAACAAUCAAUAAAAGUAAGAUGACUCCAUGGCUAAUGAAGGAGAACUGCCAAAUCAAAUUAUCUGUACCAGGGUCCUUUGAAAACCAGUUAUCAACAUUUUGUGAUGCUGCCUCAGAACAACAGCGGAAGAUUCCAUUCAUUUUCCAUGUAAGCAAAGACAUUUUCCCCACAUUGAACCUGGAAUUGCUGCAAACAACAGCUAUGCUCGAGGAAGGAUGGAGUGAAGAUUUACAUAUGAAGACUACAGUCAUAGGGAAUGGAACUAUUCCAAUUUCUGAACUUCCCCUUGGGAAGGAAGUGGAAUUGACUGUUCCCUUAGGACAGGGGCAAGUUGUGGAUUUGACUGUGAAAGCUGAAGAAAGAAAGAGUCCAUUUGAUAUGGAGGUACGCCUUGGUUCUGGCCUCUCUAGAGGAGAGCGAAACUUUUUGGAAAGGAGAAAAGAAAUAAAUGCCAAUACUCUCAAGAAAUUAUUUGAUCUGCAAGUGGCCCCCAAGAAAGAUCAGGUGCCUGUAGUGGCUGUUGUAGCAUCCGGAGGAGGGAUGAGAGCAAUGACAGGGUGUUAUGGCAACUUGUUUGGCCUGCAGCAGCUGGGCUUCUUAGAUGUCCUGACAUACCUUUGUGGCAUCUCAGGGUCUACUUGGUGUAUAUCCACACUCUACAAAAAUUUUCACUGGUCAAAAAAUAAUCUUCAGGAUGCAAUUAGCAAUGCCCAGAAUAUUGCGACAAGGUCAAAAGUUGGAGCAUUUUCUGCAGAACAAUUGGCGUAUUACUUCCAGGAAUUAAUUGCCAAAGAGAAAGAAGGAAAGUCAGCCACACUUGUUGACUUAUGGGGACUCAUCAUAGAAUAUAUCCUAAACAAUAAGAAGGAUCCAACCAAGUUGUCUGAUCAACAAGAAGCUGUCAAGUGGGGGCAAAACCCUUACCCUAUUUAUGCAGCUCAGAAUGUGAGGACUAAUGUGAAAUCCCGUGAAUUUACAGAAUGGUGUGAGUUUACACCUUAUGAAUUUGGUUUUUAUAAAUAUGGAGCUUUUAUCUGCACAGAAGACUACAAUAGUAAAUUUUUCAUGGGUUUUCUGCUUGAGAAACAUGAGGAACCCAGGAUCUGUUUCCUCCAAGGAAUUUGGGCAAGUGCAUUUGCUGCCAACAUAGAGGACAUCUGGGAAGAAACAAUGGCUUUAAAUGUGAAUUUCACAGAAUCUGUGAAAGGUGCCAUCAAAAUUGUAGAUGAACUCUGGGGUUCUCAGUCCUUGGACUCUUCCCUGAGACAAACCCAGAUGAUCAUGCCAGGAGGAGCCUUUACGCAGUUGUUUUACAGUUUAUUUAAGUCACGAAUUACUACUGGGGAAAACUUCAAUUUUCUGCAAGGGUUGUAUCUCCACAAGGAUUAUACCAAUGAUAAAGAAUUUGUAGCUUGGAAAGAGACUCACCUGGAUGCAGUACCCAAUCAACUGACCCCUGGAGAAAAGAGUCUGCACUUGGUUGAUGGGGCAUUUGCUAUCAACUCUCCAUUUCCAUUGGUCCUCCAGCCUGAGAGAGAUGUGGACAUCAUCUUAUCAUUUGAUUAUUCCUGGAAAUCUCCUUUUGAGGUCUUGCAUCAGGCUCAGAUGUACUGUGAAGAAAGAGGAAUUCCUUUUCCACACAUUACUGUCACAGAUAAUGAUCGAAAAAACCCAAAGGAAUGUUACGUGUUUUUGAAUGCUGACAAUCCAAAGGCUCCCAUAGUGGUUCAUUUCCCACUGGUGAACAAAACAUUUAAAAAAUACAAAGCACCGGGAGUAAAACGUGAACCGGAAGAGAUGUCAUUUGCAGAUUUUCAUCUAUAUACAGAUGAUUCUCCUUAUGGUUCCACAAAGCUCACCUAUGAGCCAAUGGAAUUUGACAGAUUGCUGCAACUGAGCUGUUACAAUGUAAUGAAUAACAAGGAUGCUAUUUUAAAAGCUCUUCACCUGGCCAUGAAGAGAAGGAAGUUCAAGAUAGCAAACAAAAAAUGAGAUGCAGCCAGGUUACUGGGGAACAGAAUAUUAGAAUGUUGUAGUAAAUGAAAAAGGAUAUGCAACUCAUUCUCAAGACACCUUACAGCUUUGAUAGUUAUCUUAUAAGCCAAAUGUACCAGCAAGAUUGGUCAACAGAAGCUUUUGAUUAAAAUGUUUUCAUAUGUA